GAGAAGUGCUCCUGUCCUGGGAAGAGGCUCAGUGCAGAAGGAGGAAGGACAGCACAGGUGACAGCCGUGCUCAGGAAGCUUCUGGAUCCUAGGCUCAUCUCCACAGAGGAGAACACGCAAGCAGCAGAGCAUGGGGCCCCUCUCAGGCCCUCUCUGCACACAGCGCAUCACCUGGAAGGGGCUCCUGCUCACAGCAUCACUUUUAAACUUCUGGAACCCGCUUACCACUGCCCAAGUCACGAUUGAAGCCCAGCCACCCAAAGUUUCUGAGGGGAAGGAUGUUCUUCUACUUGUCCACAGUUUGCCCCAGAAUCUUACUGGCUACAUCUGGUACAAAGGGCAAAUGAAGGACCUCUACCAUUACAUUACAUCAUACGAAGUAGACGGUCAAAUAAUUAUACAUGGGCCUGCAUACAGUGGACGAGAAACAGUAUAUUCCAAUGCAUCCCUGCUGAUCCAGAAUGUCACCCGGGAGGACGCAGGAUCCUACACCUUACACAUCAUAAAGCGAGGUGAUGGGACUAGAAGAGUAACUGGAAAUUUCACCUUCACCUUAUAUGUGGAGACUCCCAAGCCCUCCAUCUCCAGCAGCAACUUAAACCCCAGGGAGGCCAUGGACACUGUGAUCUUAACCUGUGAUCCUGAGACUCCAGACGCAAGCUACCUGUGGUGGAUGAAUGGUCAGAGCCUCCCUAAGACUCACAGGUUGAAGCUGUCUGAAACCAACAGGACCCUCUUUCUAUUUGGUGUCACAAAGUAUAUUACAGGACCCUAUGAAUGUGAAAUACGGAACCCAGUGAGUGCCAGCCGCAGUGACCCAGUCACCCUGAAUCUCCUCCAUGGUCCAGACCGCCCCACAAUUUGCCCUGCAUUCACCUAUUACCAUUCAGGAGAAAACCUCUACUUGUCCUGCUUCGCGGACUCUAACCCACCGGCAGAGUAUUCUUGGACAAUUAAUGGGAAGUUUCAGCUAUCAGGAGAAAAGCUCUUUAUCCGCCAAAUUACUACAAAGCAUAGCGGGAUCUAUGCUUGCUCUGUUCGUAACCCAGCCACUGGCAAGGAAAGAUCCAAAUCCUUGACAGUCAAAGUCUUAGGUAAGUGGAUCCCAGCAUGAUAGGCAAUAGGGUUUUAGGUGGAGUCUAUCUGGCUUUCAGGGAAGAGUCAGGAAAACAUUUUUAUUCCCAGCCUGUGUCCCAAGGGCACAAGCAAAUCCCAAAUUCUCCUCCUGAACCCUCCCAAUUUGACCAAGAACUUCCAAAACUUUAACAAACAGGCUGCUAGCUUCAUAAAAUUCCCAGCCUAGACCAAGAAGGAAAAACAUUGAUUUCAUUUAAAUAAUUCAUAAUAAUGAGGAGAAUGUUUUUAUGAUUUUUGUUUGAAAAUUUGCUGAUUCUUUAAAUGGUUUCUUUUCUAGAUUUAUGGAAUUUUUCUCUUUUCAUCUAUCUAUAGCUUAUAGCAGUUCAAUAAACUAUACUUCUGGGAAUGAUAAUUGAGACAUUUACUUUUGCUCUCUACCUGACUGCCCCUGAAUUGGGCAACUAUUCAUGAGUAUUAAUAUGUUUAUGGUAAUACACAUAUUUGCACAAGUACAGUAACAAUCUGCUCUCUUUGUAACAGGACACAUUUGAAAGCAUUGCUUAUAUUACCAAGGCUUUGACUGGGAUGUUAUAUUUAAGAAUAUAGAUAGAAUGAACCAAUAUGAACUGCAGGCAAAGUCUGAAGUCAGCCUUGGUUUGGCUUCCUAGUCUCAAGAGUUUUGUAAAAGUUUAAUCUGAGAUUCCUUAAAAAAACUUAGAGAAAAGAAAAUUUUAAAAGACAGCUUACAUGGUCCAUUGCUACUCUUGCUGCACUUAUGUAAAGAAUCAGACCACGUUUGAAGAAACUCAAACUAUUUUGCAACCAAACUUAUUCUACUGAAAUUAUCAUUGGUAAAACUAGAGAUGCCCAUAGAGAGAAAAAUUAUGUGGAAAAUAAAAACUGUAGUAUACCGG